GUUACAGACGCAACGAUAUCCAAUUGAAAACACAAUGACUACGCCGAAGAAAGUGUGCAUCGUUGGCUCUGGCAACUGGGGCUCAGCCAUCGCUAAAAUCGUAGGACUUAAUGCAGCACGGAACGCAAAAUUUGAUUCUGUGGUGAAUAUGUGGGUGUUCGAGGAGAUGGUCAAUGGAAAGAAACUAACAGAGAUCAUAAACACAGAACAUGAAAACGUGAAAUAUCUUCCAGGACGAAAACUGCCUGAGAAUGUGGUGGCUGUGGCAGAUGUGACAGAGGCUGUGAGUGGUGCUGACAUUCUGCUGUUUGUGAUUCCACAUCAGUUCAUCGGUCGAGUGUGUGACACCAUACAGGGGAAAAUCAAACAAGAUGCAGUGGGGAUGUCACUUAUCAAGGGGGUUGAUGAAGGUCCAGAUGGGCUGAAGCUGAUAUCUGAGGUGAUAAAGGAAAAGCUGGGUAUCAGCAUGAGUGUUCUGAUGGGAGCCAACAUUGCCAAUGAAGUGGCAGAUGAGAAAUUCUGUGAGACAACUAUAGGCUGUAAGGACAAGACUCAGGGAACACUGCUGAAAGAACUGAUGCAGACCGAUCACUUUCGUGUCACGGUGGUCGAGGAGGCUGAUGUAGUGGAGAUUUGUGGUGCCCUGAAGAACAUCGUGGCGGUAGGGGCAGGUUUUUGCGAUGGCUUGGGCUACGGUGACAACACAAAAGCUGCGGUUAUCCGACUCGGGCUGAUGGAGAUGAUCGCCUUCGCCCGGCUCUUCUGCACUGCCGGCCCCGUUUCCCCCGCAACCUUCCUGGAGAGCUGCGGCGUGGCCGACCUCAUCACCACGUGCUACGGAGGACGCAAUCGCAAGGUAGCCGAAGCCUUCGCCAAAACCGGAAAGUCUCUAGAAGAGUUGGAGAAGGAGAUGCUGAAUGGUCAGAAGCUCCAGGGUCCAGCCACAGCCACUGAAGUCCACCUCAUCCUGAAACACAGAAACCUCCUGGACAAGUUUCCUCUCUUUAAUGCAGUGUACAAAAUCUGUUAUCAAGGUCAUCCAGUAACUGAGUUCAUUGAUUGCUUAAAGAACCAUCCAGAACACAUGUGAGGGGAGCAGCUGCCUGAGAUGUGUGUGUGUGU